UUUCGGUAACAUGAAGGGCACAAUACUGGCUCUGGUUUUAUUUUCUGCCCUGGUUGCUGCCUCUGAAGCAAAAGGUGAAGGGAGUUUUAUGAAACUUUGCGGGAGAGACUUCGUAAGAGCAGUUGUCUUCACUUGUGGAGGAUCCCGAUGGAAAAGGCAUCUGAGUGACUAUCCGCAUGUAUCUGAAAGAGAAAAACACCUCCAUUUGCCGCAUGGAAGCAAUGAUUAUCCAGAAUCCUUGGGAUAUGGAGAUCAGGCACCAGAAUCCCUAAACGAAGAAAUUCCUAACACCAAAACUGAGUCUGAAAGAGACUUAACAGUUGUCAGGCAAAUGUCCAUGGCAGAAAAGCGUGAAGUGGCUGCACUGCUCACUACAUCCUGCUGCAGCAUUGGCUGCACUGAAAGAGAUAUAAGUUCAUUGUGCUAAAACCUAGCAGGUGUUGGAUAGAUUAGAUUUCAUUGCUUUAAUAUCCACAAAAAA